AUAUUAAAUAAUAGCUAGCUUUUCCUGUGUUUACAUCGUAUUCUGGUUUGUAAAUAUUAUCAAAUUGAACUCAGGUUAGUUAGUUUGAAUCAUAGAAAGAUUAAUCGUUCACCGAAUUUCAAGGAAUGAAGAUGGAUUCCAGUGAUUUAUUUAACUUUGACGUCAAGGUAAAAGAUGAACUCAAAGAUGUAUCGCUCGUGGAAAAUAAUUAUGACGUAAUAGACAAGAUACACGUUAACCAAAAUAUUCACUUUCCAGGAUUUCUUCGAGAAAAUUCAGUGAGGCUCGUGCGCUUCCCGAAAAUGACUGUAAUGGUACCUCGCAUACAUGUGAUAUAUUCAUACAAACAUACUCUCAAAGUCCAUAUGGAUUCUAUACAUUAUAAAAUCACCCAUGUGUGUGAUAUAUGCGGAAAGUCAUUCAAAAAAUUAAUCUUCGAACUCAUGUCAAUGCGGUACACAAGGACAUCAAACAUAAAUGUGAUACAUGCGGCAAGAAAUUCACAAGCAAGAAUUAUCUGAAAAUUCACAUUGAUAUGGUUCAUAAAGGUAUGACACCACAUGUAUGUGAUUUGUGCGGGAAGUCAUUAAUCCAAAAGUCUAAUCUUCGAACUCAUAUCAAUGCGGUACACGAGGACAUCAAACAUAAAUGUGAUACAUGCGGCAAGAAAUUCACAGGCAAGGAUUAUCUGAAAAUUCACAUCGAUGUGAUUCACAAGGGCGUCAGGUAUACAUGUGAUGCAUGUGGAAAUAACUUCAAAAGCAAGAAUUCUUUGAAACUUCACAUCGAUUUGAUGCACAAGGGCAUCAAACAUACAUGCGAUUUUUGCGGAAAGAUAUUUAGAGACCUAUCUAACCUCAGACGGCAAGUCAAAGUCCAUAAUGGUACUACUUACACACGCAACACAUGCUGAAGGAUAUUUUCAGAUAGAUCUAGUUGAUUCUGUACAUCGUGGUAUCACAUACAUGCAAUGUGUGUGGUAAGAUAUUUUUAUAUCGAUCCAGCCUCGAUAAGCACGUUAGAUCGUCGCAUAUUGGUAAUUCUUAAGGAUACAUGUUGAUACAUGUGAUGCUAAAUAAUUCAAACAAAAAGGAUAUCUUAAAAUCGAUACGUCAUGCAUCGUUCUUGCAUUAUGCUUUAACAUACGUAUAAUUUUAUUUUCAAUUGUGACAAUAAUGACGAUGUACAAUCUAAUGUAUGCGUUCGGAAAAG